GAUGCUGUUCUGAGCUUAAUUGGCCAAAGUUUCUACAACUGCUGCUUGUGCUGUGUAGCUCGAGCUGAAGGAGUGGUUUGAAUGUUUUGAGUCACCUGCGUUUGUUGUGUGGUCUAAUUUAACCGGGGAGGAGAGGCAGGCAAUUUUACCCCGCCUGAGAUUUCUCCCCCUCUCCGCCGUGGCAGGGUGCUGUUGCCUCUGCUUCGCGUAUUGUUUCGCUCGCUCUCUAAUGGCGGACGUGAGGCAGUGCUGCCGCUGCUCCUCACUGAGGGGUAGAUUGAUACUGUGAUACCUCUCACCCCGCGUGAUAUUUAUCUCUGUUGUUCAUUUAGGUGUGUGCUGUUCUGAGUCUGCUCGAGUCAGUAAGUAAACGGACGGGCUGGUAGUUUGGUAAAUUUGUAGCUAGGCGUUAUUAUUAUAGUUGAUGCUCUAAAGUGUCUAUAGCGCCCCUGCAGGAAGCCACGUGUAUCGCCUUUGAUUGCCUGGGGUAAAUGCUCUGGGGUAGUUAGCUAGCUAGCCAUUAGCUAGGUUAGCCAGCUAGUUAACUAGUUAACUUCCCAAUGAAACGUUUGCUUGCACGAGUAUAAGAACACCAGUAACUUAAUUAGAAGUUGUAAAAUGUUAUCUAUAUAGAUUAUAUGGGCAGAUAGCUGAAUUAAAAGGUGGGUUGCUAGUUAGUUAGCCAGAGCUGUAGUGGAUUUGUAGCUAGCCAGGUUAGUUAAUAUUGAUUAGUGUGCCCUGAAAAAGAGUGAGUUUAUAUGCGUAAUAGUUGGUGAAGCUGUUGGUCUCUGUUCUCGUUGUUUUAUAAUGAUUUUGUGGAGUUCGUGGUGAAAUUGGCGCGAUGAUUGUUUGUGCACAACUUGCGACAUUUCUACCAUGAAAUAGCUAACAAUGGCGCAGUCUUGUAGGCUCUCCUCCCUCCACUUCGACGCUAAUCCAAUGGCUGCAUGCGCAAAGAGAGGCCAGGGGUGGGAACAGGGAGCACACUGAAUUUCUGAAGCACGUUUUCAGGUUUUGCCUAGAAAUGUAUCUCUAUAUUAAGCUGUAUAUUUGUAUGUAUCUGCUGCAUGUGUGUCGCAGUUUGUGCGUUUUGUGCGCAGUAAGUUAGCGCCAAGUUUGAAGUUAAAUAGCUUAACUACGUGCUCCAGUUGCCUGCAUGGUAGCUAGCUUACUAACUAACCUAGCCAGCUUAUGUGAGGAGCCUAAGGUUCAGUAAGAAAUUGUGCAAGUUUUAUUCCAGUGUCCAGGAUUCAAGGACACAGAUCUGGGCUGUCUGAUUCCGUGUAGCACCCCAGUAGAAAAGGUGGUAGCUUUAUAGCAUUUCUGGAAUUACUCUACGUUCUGUUAAAUGGCCCUGUUCAACCUGAGAAUUUGUGUUGAAGACGGUUUUAUAUGAUGGCCAAACUACCAUAGCGUCUGCAGACUGUGGAGCUUAAUGCAUUUCUCUGGUGAGCUGUGGUGGGCUCAUUCUGGGUUGCCUGCCAGUAUCUUCCAUUAGCACAUGCAUGGAGGCUGUGUGAGCGCAUGGCGCAUGUGCUCAUAAAGACUCCAUGAGGCUGUGGCUCCCUGCUAACAGGACCAAGCUGUAUCUGCAAUGAUCUGUAUCCUGUUAUAUGGCUUGAUGCACAACCUACAGAAAAGACCCACAAGUGUACAGUAUGAGUGGUUGAAGUGAUGGAUGGAGACUUGGAGCCUGUGGCAGAUGGGGAGGAGGUCUCGAUUCAGGAGGAGGAGCCCAUGGAAGCCACACCUGCAACGGAUCUUUCCUCAGAUGGGCAGCAUCAAGGUGAAGCUGGUGCCAUGACAACAGACCUGCCCAAAGCUCCAGAGGAUAAUGAUGAUGAUGUUGUGCUAGUAGAGGGGCCUCCUGCUCUCUCUCAGGGGGGAACACAGCCGCCAACCCCCUCAGACUCCCCCACACCUGUCGAGGCCCUCGAUGCUGCCAAAACCACAGACUGUGUGGAGUCAGCUACCACAGCAACAGCAUCCUCCGAAGCACCCACUCCUCCCACCUCUGCAGCUGCUGCUGCCUCUGCGGCAGCCGUAACCACAACGCUCCAAAGCCAGAGUGAACCUAUUGUUAUAGACGAUGAGGAAGAUUCUGAACACAGAGGAUCAUCGUCUUCCUCACUGGCAGUCGGUCCGGCCAGGAAUGCCUUGAGCAGCACUGAACCAGACUCAGAAAUCAAAAUUGCCAGCGUUACCACGUUAGGAGGGACGUCAGACGUUGCCAUUUCAACGUCAGCGGAAACAUCCGAAACUCAGAGUGCCCAAGAGGAUAUGAACCUUAAAAUCACAAGUGUGACAUCAUUGACUGGGGACAGUGGACCAGGUUCUGCCGUGGAGGAGGUAGAGGCAGCAGAAAACGGGUUACAGAUCAGCAGUGCGUUCAGCUUGAACCCAGAAGCCCAGCAGAGCCAAGGAUCUGCCGGUAGACCUUCACCCACUUUCAACCCAGGACGUGUUAGCUCAGCUUCCCAGCCUGUUCAAAAUGGAGAGACGGGAAAUCACCAGAGAUCUGACUCCUGGAUUUCUCAAUCAGCAUCUUUCCCCCGCAAUCAGAAACAGCCAGGAGUGGACUCUCCUUCUCCAGCAGCUUCUCUUCCCAAACCUCCUGGUCAGUCCUCUUCAGGGUCCCAACAACCCACACGCACCAUGAAGGUCACCUGCGCCAACUGUAAGAAGCCUUUAAAGAAAGGCCAGACAGCCUAUCAGCGCAAAGGCUCCUCCCACCUGUUCUGCUCCACAACCUGCCUUUCUGCCUUCUCCCACAAGCCCACACCCAAAAAGAGUUGCACCAUGUGCAAAAAGGACAUUACUAGUAUGAAAGGAACAAUUGUGGCUCAGGUGGACUCGAGUGAAUCGUUUCAGGAGUUUUGCAGUACUGGAUGUCUGGGUGCAUAUGAAAACAAACAGAAUCCCCCCAAGAACAGUCUCAAAACCAAGUGUACCGUUUGUGGAAAGCUCACAGAGAUCCGGCAUGAGGUUAGCUUCAAGAAUGUCACCCAUAAGAUCUGCAGUGACGCCUGCUUUAACCGUUAUCGUAUGGCCAAUGGGCUCAUCAUGAACUGCUGUGAGCAAUGUGGGAACUACUUGCCAAGUCGUGCCACAGCAAAUCACUUUUUACUUGUUGACGGGCAGCAGAAGCGUUUCUGCUGUCAGAACUGUGUCAGGGAAUACAAGCAGGCUCAUGGAAAGAUGACCCAAUGUUGCGGUUGUAAGGUGAUGUGCAGAUCGUUUGAUGUCACUCACGGCAUUGGACCUAAUGGUGUCAUGGAGCCUUACUGUUCUACAUCUUGUCUGACUAAGAGCAAAGUCUCUGCUGUUGCACAGAUUGCUGAGCCCUCGUGUCAUUUCUGUAAGAGAAAUUCGUUACCUCAGUAUCAGGCGACACUGCCUGAAGGAAAAGUCUUAAACUUCUGCAGCUCUCAGUGUGUCACAAAGUUCCAGAGUGCCACCAUCCAGACUUCAGCCAAUGGUCAGCUUCCUUCCUCAGCUUCCAGCAACAUCCAGUUAAAAUGCAACUAUUGCCGAGGCUCCUUUAGUCUAAAACCAGAGAUUCUUGAGUGGGAGGAUAAAGUAUACCAGUUCUGCAGUAAGACGUGUUGUGAUGAUUAUAAGAAACUCCACUGUAUUGUCACCUUCUGCGAGUUUUGCCAGGAGGAGAAGACACUUCAUGAAACUGUCAGAUUCUCAGGGGUCAAGAGACCCUUCUGUAGUGAAGGUUGCAAGUUGUUGUUCAAGCAGGACUUUAUACGCCGUCUGGGCCUAAAGUGUGUUACCUGCAACCACUGUACCCAGAUGUGUAAGAAGUCUAUCACAAAACAAAUAGACGGGGUCAGCAGAGACUUCUGCAGUGAGACCUGUGCAAAGAAGUUUCACGACUGGUACUAUAAGGCGGCGCGCUGUGACUGCUGUAAGGUGCAGGGAAACCUGACUGAGUCUGUGCAGUGGCGAGCAGAGACAAAGCAAUUUUGUGAUGAACAGUGUCUUCUCCGUUUCUAUUGCCAACAAAAUGAGCCCAAUAUGGCAACACAGAAAGGCCCAGAAAACACAGGACUUGGACAGACCCCGGCAUCUAAACUUGCAUUGAUGAAUCAGGGUCCUGUGUCAUAUGCUGGAGGAGGAGGAGUCCUUAAGGAUGUGAAGAACAAAGCUGUGCUUUGUAAACCCCUCACCAUGACCAAGGCUACCUAUUGCAAACCUCAUAUGCAGAGCAAACUACUGCAGACAGAAGAGGAAGGCUUGGAGGGCUUGGUCAAGGAAUAUGUCCCAGUCCCAAUACCUGUUCCUGUGUAUGUCCCAAUGCCGAUGAACCUCUAUGCUCAGGCCACACCCUCACCUGUUGCAAUACCUGUACCAGUACCUGUGCCAGUGUUCCUGCCCACUACACUGCAGAAUGCUGAGCAGAUUGUCAAGGCCAUUGAAGAGCUCAAAUCCAAGAUUCCUGAUAUACCUCUCGAGGUUGACCUGUUGUCUAUGGCUGAAACGAGCACAGAGGACGAGAAGAAACCUGACUGCUCUGCUAUUAAAUGUGAAAAGAAGAUUGGUGCAGUGAAAACGGAGAGAGUAAAGAGUGAGAGCAGUGCUAGCAGUUCAGAAGAGGAGGAAGAGGAGGAAGAUAAAUAUGAGCCAGAGCUUGACCUGGAAAUCGACUUGCCUCUAGCCUCUGAACCUGUGCCUGUUUUGGAGGGACUGGAUGCAGAGAUGGGGUUCUCACUACCCCCUGUCCUGACUGAGGAGAAAGAGGAGACUCCCCGGCCUCGAACCAGAAGAAGGGGCAACAAGAGACGGGCAGUGGAAGAGGAGUCCUCUCCAGCCUCUUCCUCAUCAACAGACCCCACUGCAGCCGAUGGCUCUUUCCUGCUCACUUCGAGGUAUGGCCUUAAUGCAUGGAGGAGCUGGACAGUAUCUUCAUCUACACAACCCACGGAUUCAGAAGAAAAAGAUCUGCUUAAACAAGUGACUCCAGCUCGCUUGAAAGGCAGCCUUCUCUCUCUGAGCUCAGCAGAGCUUAACCAGGCUUUGGCUAGAUUCGUCAAAGAAGUGCGCCGGCCCAAUGGGGAGCGCUAUGCUCCAGACAGCGUUCUCUACAUUUGCCUUGGCAUUCAGAAGCAUUUGCAGGACAAAGGAAGAACAGAUGACCUCUUCAAUGAACCUGCCUACCAAAUGUUUGGAGAAGAGCUUAACAAGAUUCUUAAAGACUGGCAACCCAGUGUUCUUCCUGAUGGUUCUCUUUGGGGCCGUGUGGAGGAGCUGUGUCUGUGGAGUAGUAAGCAGCUGGGAGAGCACUCCCCUUCCGUUCUCCUGCGCUCUCUCGUCUAUCUCAACACUAAAUACUUUGGCCUGCGCACUGUUGAGCAGCACUUGCGCCUCUCUUUUGGCAAUGUCUAUGGCCCCAGCACUUCCAAACCUCACAACCAUGAGACCACCGUUUGUAUACGCAUCCCCUCCAUCUCGCAGGAUCAGCAUGAACCAACAGCAAGUAAGAGGAGACGUAAGGAUGGUAGUAAUUCAAACUUUGAGCUGGAUGAAUGUUCAGGAGGCUCAGAUCGCUGUCCUGUUAAGAAACGCGAGUGCCGCUUGUAUGAGUUGUACCUGUCUAAAUGCCCGGAGUCGGUGAGGGAGAGGACAGAUUUUUUCUAUGUGAAGCCAGAGGUCUCCACAUCCGAUGGUCCGCUAUGGUUCAGCUCAACUCCUCUAGAAAAGCACGUCCUUGAAAGCCUCCUAACUCAAGUCCUCUUAGUGAAAGACAUCUACCGAGAAAGCGGGCGUGAGGAGGAAGGCAUUUAAGCCUAGAUAAACUGAGGACUCCUACACCACCAUAGCACCCUCUGCAUUGCAUACAUUCACUGACCCUUUAAACACACAGAUCCCAGUACAGCUAUAAGCAAAGAGAAAUACUGUCUACGCCAGGACUCAAGAGGUUGACUGUGCAAUGCUGGUUUCUACUCCAGUGUUUCCAGAAGAAGUCCUAGGGUGAUGAAAGUGGUGCUUUACGUGAAAGCGUCCCACAGACUGCUGCUUUCUUUUUUUCUUUUUUUUUCUUUUUCUUUCUUUCACUUGUUAGGAAGUGUGUGUAUGUGAUGUAGCAUUACUUACGAUGCCCAGAUUGGGCUGCUGUGGUCUGUAAAUAUUUCUGAAAGUAGUGGGUUAGAGAGCAGUGGUGUGUGCCUGAGUGAGUGAGUGUAUAGAGUAUGAGUGUGUGAGUGUGCGCGUAUGAGUGAGUGAGUGAGUGAGUAUUGUGUGCGUGUGUGUUUAAAACAAGCUGAAAUACUAUAAAUAAACAAAAAAAUCCUGCUCACCAUGAACCCAAGAAAGCCUUCUUAAGAUAAAAUAUUUAUUUAUUGCAGUUUGUGAUUGCGUCAGCGUUCUUUUUAUGACAGGACAAUGAGCGCAUGUAUGUGUGUGGAUGUGUGUGUGUGUGGACCUUGUGCCAUUUCUCUCACCUCUUGAAGAGCAUUAAAACCUGCUGCAGACCUGGAUCGCCCUUUUGUGUCCGUCUCUCUCACUCUCUUGGACAUUUGAAGUUUGGGUGUUGGGUGACUGGCAGAAGUGGCGUAUAAGAAGCAGGUUUAUUGUUCGUAUUGAACUUCCUAGUGUUAAGCUAUUUCUUUGAACAAUCAGUUAAGGAAAAACUUUUUUGUUGGUUUAUGUCACCCUCCUACCUUUUUGUUUUGUCUGUUUUUCUUUUCUUUUUAUUUCAGUUAAAAUAAACCAGGCACUUUUCAAAAAGUGCACUGUUGAUUCCACGAUUACAUUUUGCUUGAGCACAUCAGAUUUGAAAUGAUUUCAAGUAAAAUCAUGUGGCUGUGAAAAACAGUCUGACUUGAGUAUGAAUAGCAUUAUGCAAAGUAGGAGAAGCUUUAUUUAUGACUAUGUUGUUUUUCAUGUUCUUUUUGGUUGUUUUUAUCUUGUCUUUUGUACCAAUAAAUGCAAAGCUAAAUUCAUCAUCUUAUAAAGUC